UGCAUUUCUUUUUUUAAAUACGCAUGAUAUAUAUUAUUUUAUUUAACCGUAAUACAUUGUAUUAUGUUUGUGUUCAUACAUAUGUAUCCUUGCGCAGAACAGCUAUGUGCAGUUAUCAACUUCUACCUGCAUGUACUAAGUGCGUCAGGAUUUCUAAUAAAUCAGCUUCCGUUAACAAAAAGUGAACUUGUCGGAAAUGUAGUACAAACUGUUAGUCAAUCUAUCUUCCUUUCUUGUUCAUAGAUUAUAAUUGACUGGAUAUCAAAAAUUAAAUUUAAAUUAAAAAAAAAGUAUUUUUUUUAGUUUCACUUUAAAUUCCACGAAUAAAAACUUGGCUCUGAGCCACUAAGUUUUUUUUUACCCAGUAUGGACGAUCAUUUGACUGCCACAACAAACGUGACGUACCGAUGUCUCCACGGCUGAAAAUUCACAAAAAUGAUAUGAAGACAAUAAUAGUUCGUAAAAUGCCAAGAAAGCCCGGGUUUACAAGAUGUGAAGACUAACAUUCGUGAAAUACCAAAGAAACAAGCUAAUUAGAAGCUGACAGCUUAAAACACUGGACUAUGGAGAGGGAAGAAUAUAGGGUACCACCUCUUCGAACUGAAGAAUUAAAACGUUUGUCAAUAUUUGAAGUUCGCGAGAUUUUGGAAUCAUCGUUGUGGACAAAUGAAAAAAUUCGAGCCACGGUGCGGUCAACAAGCCAAAACCUAGAAGAGUUGAAGUAUUUCUUUCAAAUUAUUAUGAAAGUUCUGCAAAACAAAAGACAUUCCGAAGAUCCAAACGUUAUUACUCUGAUUCCUAUUUUGGCAUCUUCAAAUUUUGAGAAAAAUCUUCAUUACUUAUUGCAAUGUGGAGGACGUGAAAGCGUUUUACCUUCCAUUAAAAGCGUUGUAUUUUUCUUGCAAGAAUUAUGUAAAAGGUCGCCUUCGAAUGGUAACGGGUUUCUUGAACUAGCAGUAGAAACGGAUAAAAAGAUAACUGAUAUUAUUGGUGAUGGGGACGAGGAUGUUGAUGGUCUUUUAGAUCUGAAGGACGACCUUGAAGAGAUCAAUCAGAUAAUUGUUAAUAGACUAGCAAUUUCUGAAGUUAAGAUUGAAAAGCAGAAAAAAGACACAAGAAAACCCCCGAAUAAUUUUCGAAACAUUCCCAUUUUACCAACGUUAGAUGAUUUACAAACCAAGCCAUUUUUUAGGCCGAAUCUUCGCGACACACCCUUUGAAAAUCUUGAUGAUUAUCUUGAUAUACAGUUUCGUUUGCUUCGAGAAGAUUGUAUAUCCCAGCUGCGAAAUGGAAUAUUUGAAUAUAUUCAUACGAAGUAUGUAGAACGAAGCGAAGCUAGAAGAAUACAGGAUGUGAGGUUAUACAAACACGUUACAAUUGAGGAAGGCAGAGAGAUGACCUUAGAUGGUCCUAUGUAUACAAUAAAGUUAGAUAUGAAUCAGGUGAAAAGAACGAGAUGGGAGGGUGGCAAGAGAAUGCUUUACGGUUCGUUACUCUGCCUCUUACCAGAUAGUUAUCGCAGGCUCUAUUUUGGAAUAAUUGCUGAAUCAGAUACUGAUACAAUUAAGAAGGACGGUAGGUUGAAGAUCAUAGUCAAAAGACAGAAAGGCGACCCAGAAUUGACGAAGGGCUUAAAGUUAACGUUGAUAGAAAGCGUUGCUUAUUUUGAAGCAUAUCGACAUGUAUUGCACUGUCUACAGAACAUCAAAGAGGGAGAGUUACCUUUUGAAAGAUACAUUGUGUAUUGCCAAAAAAAUAUCGAAAAACCAUUGUACUUGAAACGUGAGGAGGGAGUCAAAUACGAUUUGCAGCCUAUUGUGUCAUGUUCUACAAUAUUUAAAGCACCAAAAAAUAACAAAAGUCUAAGACAUGCUGGAUUUAAGAUGGGACAAGUAGAUCGUCAAUAUCAAGAAAAACGACUUGAAGUUUCCAUAUUAGAUAGAAGAUGGCCAAGACCAUCUGAUCUUCACCUUGACCUAUCACAAUAUGAAGCAUUCAAAUCUGCCCUGACAAAAGAAUUUGUGCUCAUACAAGGCCCACCUGGUACGGGGAAAACACAUCUUGGACUUCGAAUAGCGAAGGCGUUGCUUCAUAAUUCAAACUAUUGGAGAGGUGUGAAGAUGUCUGAGGAAAAUUUAAAACAAAAAAGAAAAGAUCAACAGGAAGAACAGCAACUUCAUCCAAUGUUAAUAGUUUGUUAUACAAACCAUGCCCUUGAUCAGUUUCUAGAAGGUAUGAUCGACUUUAUGGAUCCUGCAAAUUGUGCUGAAUGGAAACAAUCAGUCGUGCGUGUAGGUGGAAGAAGUAACAGUGAAAAAAUAGAAGAUUUCACACUCAAAAAAAGAAGGAGAGAAUUUAGAAAGAAGUAUAUUGAUCAUGGUCGAUUUCAAAAAGAACUUGAACAAAAAGUCAAAGAAAUGUGCAAACAUAAGUCUUUGAUUGAAAGCGCAAGAAAAAAUAUCAUAGAUGAAACCGUCCUGAAAUCUUUUGUGAAUGAAGUUAACAUUCUUUCCCGAAUAGAAUUGCCUAAACCGUUUAAAAUUAUGGAAUGGUUGAAAGUUACAGAGAAGGAUUUGAUUGAAGCAGCUUUUGAAAAAUAUGAAGAGACCGAAGAAACUGCUGAUACCUCCUUUUAUGAAAGUUUAACAGAAACUGAGGAACUUAUUGAUGUUGAAACCGAAAGCGACAACGCAAAACAUGAAAGAAUGAUAGAGGAAGACGAGUUUGAAAUGGACUUCACUUUUAAUGACAUUGGAGUAAGUGUUGAAACAGUAUUGAAUGAGGCAAAGUCUGAUCCUAAUUUUACUGAAGAGUUUAUAAAACAUCUUGACAAGGAGGGUUUAAUUGUUAAUGAUUUUUUUCUCAAAAGUAAGCCAAUGUCAAAUGAGGAUGUGAAUAAAAGAAUUAGAAACGUAUGGAAUUUAUCAAUGCCAGAUAGAUGGAGGAUGUACAAAUAUUUUGAGAUGAAGUUUUGUGAUAUCCAUUCACAGAAAAUUGCUGAAAUUAGAGCAAAAUAUGAUGCACAAUACAAAGACUAUUUGAUCGAAAAAAAUUACGUAGAUAAAGAAAUUUGCGAAGCUCUAUGGUAA